AUGACAGGAGGAAAGGGUAAAGAAAUUGAUGUUUCUGACAAUCCAGCGCAAAAUCAACCUUCUAAUAAUGAUCCAGCAACAGCUAUACUUCGUGAUAAACCCGCAAAAAAUAAGCUUAUUGUAGAUGAUGCAACCCAAGAUGAUAAUUCUGUGAUGGCACUUUCUACAGCCACUAUGGAAAAAUUGCAACUUUUCCGUGGUGAUACUGUAUUAGUAAAAGGCAAAAAAAGACGUGAUACAGUGUUAAUCGUUUUAGCAGAUGAUAGUUGUGAUGAUUCUAAAGUAAAAAUUAAUAAAGUUGUGCGAAACAACUUACGAGUACGUCUUGGAGAUGUAGUAUCAAUACAUCCAUGUACCGAAAUCAAAUAUGGAAAGAGAAUUCAUGUAUUGCCAAUUGAUGAUACAGUUGAAGGAGUAACAGGAAACCUUUUCGAAGUAUACUUGAAGCCUUAUUUUUUGGAAGCAUACAGACCUGUAAGAAAAGGUGAUUUGUUUUUAGUUAGAGCUGCCAUGAGAGGUGUUGAAUUUAAAGUUGUAGAAACAGAACCAGCAGAUUAUUGUAUUGUCACACAAGACACAGUGAUACAUUGUGAAGGUGAAGCAAUUAAACGUGAAGAUGAAGAAUCAAAUCUUAAUGAUGUAGGCUAUGAUGAUAUUGGUGGCUGUCGUAAACAAAUGGCACAAAUUCGUGAACUUGUUGAACUUCCACUCAGACAUCCUCAACUUUUCAAAUCAAUUGGUAUAAAACCACCACGAGGUAUUCUUAUGUUUGGGCCUCCUGGUACCGGUAAAACUUUAAUCGCUCGUGCAGUAGCCAAUGAAACUGGUGCAUUCUUCUUUUUAAUUAACGGUCCUGAAAUAAUGUCAAAGAUGGCCGGUGAAUCUGAAAGUAAUCUGAGGAAAGCAUUCGAAGAGGCAGAAAAAAAUAGUCCUGCCAUAAUUUUUAUUGAUGAAAUUGAUGCUAUAGCUCCAAAACGUGAAAAGACAAACGGUGAAGUAGAACGUCGAGUUGUUUCUCAACUCCUUACAUUAAUGGAUGGUAUGAAAGCUAGAUCAAAUAUUGUUGUAAUGGCAGCAACUAAUCGUCCAAAUAGUAUUGAUCCUGCACUUAGGCGUUUUGGACGAUUUGAUCGUGAAAUUGAUAUUGGUAUUCCUGAUCCAGUUGGACGCUUAGAAAUUUUACGAAUUCACACAAAAAACAUGAAAUUAGGAGAUGAUGUUGAUUUAGAAAAAAUCGCAUCAGAAACUCAUGGUUAUGUUGGUUCUGAUAUAGCUUCUUUAUGUUCAGAAGCUGCAAUGCAACAAAUUCGCGAGAAAAUGGAUGCUUUCGAUUUAGAAGAUGAUACUAUUGAUGCUGAAAUAUUAGAUUCUUUGGCAGUAACUAUGGAUAACUUUAGAUAUGCUUUAGGGGUUUCAAAUCCAUCAGCUCUUCGCGAAACAGUCGUUGAAGUUCCCAACGUUACUUGGCGUGAUAUUGGAGGUCUUGAGAAAGUUAAACAAGAACUUCAAGAAACUGUACAAUAUCCUGUGGAGCAUCCAGAAAAAUUUUUAAAAUUUGGUAUGUCACCUUCCAAAGGUAUUUGA